CACAGAUAAUAGAAAUAACCCAUAAAAUAAGUGUCAGUAGUUGUGUUUCAAAUAGUUUGAUAAAAGUAUAGUCUAAAGAAUUUAACAGUAUUUUUUGAGUUAGUACAAUAUGAAAUAGAUAAUACGAUGCCUGUGGAUAUUAAAGAGUUAACGGAAGGAUGGCUUGAAUUGGAAAGCGAUCCGGGUUUAUUCACUCUUUUGUUAGAAGACUUUGGUGUGAAAGGUGUUCAAGUUGAAGAAAUUUAUGAUUUAAACAAACCUUUGGACAGUCCCGUUUAUGGUUUUAUUUUUCUUUUUCGAUGGAUGGAGGAACGAAGAUCUCGACGGAAGGUGGUGGAACAGACGGAAGUGUUUGUCAAAGAUGAGGAAAUUGUAAACAACAUCUUUUUUGCUCAGCAAAUGGUUCCUAAUAGUUGUGCUACUCAUGCAUUGAUCUCUAUUUUGUUGAACUGUCCUAACAUUCAUUUAGGUGAAACAUUAAGUAGGCUCAAAGCUCACACACAAGGUAUGGCACCGGAUAAUAAAGGUUGGGCAAUAGGAAAUACUCCUGAACUUGCUUGUGCACAUAAUUCACAUGCAAUGCCUCAAGCUAAACGAAGGCUGGAUAAAGGAAGUGGUGUUUCAACUGGAAGAUUUACAGGAGAAGCAUUUCAUUUUGUUAGUUUUGUACCUAUUAAUGGUAGACUUUUUGAACUUGACGGUCUUAAACCUUUUCCUAUUGACCAUGGUCCAUGGACUGAAUUUGGUGAUUGGACAGAGAAGUUUAGAAGUGUGAUGAGUGAUAGAUUAGGUAUUGCUGCAGGAGAACAGUGUGAUAUAAGAUUCAAUUUGAUGGCUGUUGUGCCAGACAGACGUUUGGCCAUAACACAUAAAUUAAAAAUGUUAAAGACAAACAGACAAAUAGUUUUGGAUGCACUGCAACAUCUGAUGAAAAUCAAACAUUCAGAGACAAAAGUGGAGAAGGAUAGUGUAGAAGAGAAGGCAAAGAAAGAAUCCCCUUCAGUAGAAGGAGAAGAAGUAAAAACAGAUUUAAUGAAGAUAGUUGCUUCAUAUGAAGACACAACAAAGGAACAGAAUGGGCCAGUAAUCUCUUCUGAGGUUGCUUCUACAUCGACUUCUGUUGUAAUAACAUCGACAGCUGACUGUAGUGUCAGUGUUUCUGUUUCUGAAUCGAAACCCGUUGAAGAAAUAAAGCAAGAAAUUGGUCCAAAAAUAAAAGAUAAAGUGAUGUUAUGUCCAUUGGAUUAUUCAACUCCAUUAACUAUACAAACGUCACCUGCCCCAAGCACUUCGAGCACUGAAACGUCGUCAGAAGUCGGAUCGGCUUUUAAUUCUCCCACUCAAGCGUGGAAUUGGGCUACAGCGGCUCAAAACAGUCCUAUAUCAAAAGAUUACAAGAGGUUUGUAGUAAUAAGGGUCGCAAACGAAGAGAGGGAGAAAGAGAGCGGUAAUGCUUCAAAAAAUGUUUCUAAUACAAAUGGGAAGCGACUUAGUACAGAAAAUCCUAUUGGUGGCCAAAAGAAAACUCUAUUAAAUACAGGACAUGCAAGAGUGAAAACUAGCGAUGGCGAUACAGUCGUUGCAGAGAAAAAGAGCCCCGAACUCCUCGAGCCGCACACAUUUGCUCCUCAAGAUCUCUUAGCUCUCUUGAGGAAUUUGGAAAAUGAGAUCUGCAUUUGCGAAAUUAAUCUCAAAGACGAAAACGACAAACAAACCAAAUAUCAAGUCGAUGACUGUAGAAGAACGCACAAUUACGACGAUUUUAUUUGCACCUUUUUAUCUAUGUUAGCAGAACAAGGAAAGCUAGCUGAUCUAGUAGAGCAGCACCUUUUGGUACCCAAGAGGCCUGGCACUGUACCUGCACCUAAAACUACGAAAACUAAAAAAGAAAAUAAAAGGAAGAGGGGAAGAUCAAAAGUAAAGAGAAGAAAAUAAUCGGCAAAAUUAACAAGUGGAAACUGAACAAAUGAAAUAACAGGAGUAUUUGCUUUGAAGGCUGAAAAUGAGAUAUGAAAAGUUAAUAGUACUUCAAAUGUUUAAAAACAAUUUUUACACAGAUAAGUGUAAUAAUAAUAAUUAUAAAAUACUGUGUAAAUGUUGCUUUUAUUUUAAUUACAAGGUAGUUUUAUGCAGAUAACAUGCAUGUGUGUUGUAUAUUGGUAAAAAAGGAUACAAGUACAAAAGAAUAGUAAAAUUAAAUGAAUAAAUAAACGAAAAUACUGUUCGUUGUAUUUAUUUUUAUUUCAAAUACAAAUAAUUUUUUUGUUUUUAAUAUUUUAACAGUACAGAAUCUCCUCUACUUUUAUUGUAUACAAUAUUAGCACUAAUGCGGUACCUGCUCUUCAAGAGCUUCUCGUGAACCUGAUCCUGCCCUAUGAUCCUCAACAACCAAGUUCAGCCCCUGGUGGAAUCCAACAAAUCCGAUCUCUUGCCAUGCAGAUGACAUAAGGUGGUUAGUUCGGCUAUCCCAUUAAUAUAUCCAUGGAAAUGAUGGAACCACAAAAGUAUAAAAAAAAAACUGCGUAAAUUAUUGAGAGAAUA